AUGGAUGCAAAGUGUAUUGUGUUAAUUUUGGUAGUGUGUACUCUUUUCGAGAACUUGCAAACAGCGUUGGAUUGCAGUGAAACAGAAUGUGGUCCACGAGUAAUCCAUUUCGCCGAACUUGCAGGACUGUGUAAUCCGCAUAAGGAGCCAUCACACCUUGAUAGUUACGUUGAUCGAUUCGAUCAAGAUGACGAGGAUAUCAUCGUUUUCGAUAAAGUCGCUCUAGUAAAUAAAGUUGGCUCGACAUAUACAUUUCCUGCACUGUCCGAGCACUCUUUUGAUCGCAGAAGUCAGAACAUAAAGAUUUUAGAAAGAACUCAUAGUGAAGUCAAUUGUACGGUGGUAUAUCUUGACAAAUGUAUGUCCCACAAGCAGUGUAGUCGACAAUGCUUAAUUUUGGGAGCAUCGAUGCUUCGCUGGUUUCAUACGGGUUGUUGUGAAUGUAUCGGGCAUACAUGUCUUCCAUAUGGUUCCACAGCUGCACGAUUCAGUGUAGUAAGUGAGCUGGAUUAUGAAGUUGAAAGUACAGUUCUAGUAGAGUUGAAAUACUAUAAUUUUCUGAAUUCGACAUUACUAGUCAUUCAAUUUUUUCCAAUUGCUGCUGUUUCAGAGCAGUUCUACGAAAUUCGACGCGAUAAAACAGGCGCUUAUCAUUUUACAAGCAGGAUGUCCCUCAACGUAGACCCAGCUUUCAUAAAGCUUAUGCAGCAUUUUGAAUUACAAUGCAAACAUCUGAAAAUGGUUGAUUUAUUUAAAAAAGACCCACAGCGGUUUGAAAAAUUUAGCUUAACAAUGAACACACCAGAUGGACCUAUUCUUUUCGAUUACUCCAAAAAUAUAGUGAAUGAUGCGACAAUGUUGGAACUGUUUAAUUUAGCGAAAUCAAGAAAAGUUUUGGAAAUGCGAAAAGAAAUGUUUAGUGGAGGAAAAAUCAAUUUUACUGAACAGCGCGCUGUUUUACAUACCGCUUUAAGAAAUGUCAACAAUAAGCUGAUAACACUUGAUGGACAAAAUGUACUAAACGAUGUGAAUAAAGUAUUAGAGCAUAUGAAGACAUUUUGUGAACAUGUGAUUAGCGGAAAAUGGAAAGGUUAUACAGAAGAAGCAAUUACGGAUGUUGUAAAUAUUGGGAUUGGAGGAUCUGAUUUGGGACCAGUAAUGGUAACAGAAGCAUUAAAAUACUAUCAGAUUGGUCCAAACGUUCACUUUGUUUCAAAUAUUGAUGGUACUCAUUUGGUAGAGGUACUGAAGAAAGUCAAACCCGAAACCACAAUAUUCAUAAUUGCAUCGAAAACAUUCACUACACAAGAAACCAUCACUAACGCUACAUCUGCCAAAGAGUGGUUUCUGAAGAAAGCGCAAAAUCCAGAAGCAGUCGCUAAACACUUCGUGGCUUUGUCAACAAACAUUGAUAAAGUUCGCGAAUUUGGUAUUGAUGAAAAGAAUAUGUUCGAAUUCUGGGAUUGGGUAGGAGGUCGUUAUUCAUUGUGGUCUGCUAUUGGUCUCUCCAUAGCAGUGCACAUUGGCUUUGACAAUUUCUACUCAUUACUGAAAGGUGCCAGUGCUGCUGACGAACAUUUUCUCAACGAACCCAUGCAAAAAAAUAUUCCUAUAAUAAUGGCUUUACUGGGUGUUCUUUACAUUAAUUGCUUCAAAGCUGAAACUCAUGCUCUUCUUCCUUACGAUCAAUAUCUACAUCGAUUUCCAGCUUACUUUCAACAAGCUGACAUGGAAAGUAAUGGAAAGUUUAUCAUGAGAGAUGGUAGUAGAGUUGAUUUUCCGACUGGCCCAAUCGUUUGGGGUGAACCUGGAACUAAUGGUCAACACGCCUUUUAUCAACUCAUACAUCAAGGUACUCGACUAAUUCCUUGUGAUUUCAUUGUACCAGUUAGAUCACUCAAUUCUAUCAGCAAUAAUCUCCAUCACACUAUUUUAUUGCUUAAGAUCUUGCUUUCUAAUUUUGUUGCUCAAACAGAAGCAUUAAUGAAAGGUAAAACACCAGAAGAGGCACGGGAAGAACUGAAAAAUUUGGGGAUGAAUGAAGAGAAAAUCAGACAGUUGUUGCCUCAUAAGGUCUUUGUCGGAAAUAAACCCACAAAUUCAAUAAUUUUACCGAAACUGACACCAUUUACUCUUGGUGCUGUAAUCGCUUUUUAUGAACAUAAGAUCUUCGUUCAGGGUGUGAUUUGGAAUAUCAAUAGUUUUGAUCAAUGGGGAGUCGAGCUCGGCAAACAGCUAGCAAAAGUUAUACAGAAAGAAUUCGCAACUGAUGAACUCUGCAGUUCUCAUGAUUCAAGUACUAAUGGUAUCAUCAAUUUCAUCAAAAAAGAAAAAGCAGCAAAGAGAUGA